AUGAUGAAAGAGAAGAUUGUGAUUGACUGCCGUGGUUCUCUAUUAGGACGUCUAGCAUCUGUUAUUGCGAAGGAGUUGUUAAACGGCCAAAAGAUAGUUGCCGUGAGAUGCGAAGGAAUAAAUAUAUCGGGCUCACUCUAUAGAAAUCGCAUGAAGUACCAGGAUUUUUUACGUAAAAGAAUGAAUACUAAUCCAAGGAAGGGCCCUUUCCAUCAUCGUGCUCCUUCGAAAAUCUUAUUUAGAGCAGUCCGUGGAAUGAUACCACAUAAGACUCCGAGAGGUGCAGCUGCAUUGGCAAGAUUAACUACGAUAGACGGUUGUCCGGCCCCAUUCGAUAAAGUUAAGCGUGUAGUUGUUCCAUCCUCAUUGCGUGUGUUGCGUCUAAAGCCUCAAAGGAAGUACACUACACUUGGAACAUUAUCAUCUCUAGUUGGUUACAACAAAUGUAAGACCAUCAAUGCACUAGAAGAAAAGAGAAAGGAAAGAUCUCAUGCAUUCUUUGUUAAAAAGGUCGCCAAAGAUAAGGCUCUUAGAGCUGCACAAAAGUCUGUAUUUAGCAAGUUGUCUACUGAAGAACAGGCCAUCUUAAAGUCGGUAGGACAGAACUAA